CUCACAAACAUCUAGCACGCAGCUGAGAGAGAGAGAGAGAGGGACAUGUUAGAGAGACAGCUAGAACAGGAGCAGCCCUCGAGAUAGAAGGGUAACUGACACCUCUUCGAAGAUGGGCUUCAUGGCCCGAAGAGACCGGAGAAUAACUUGAACAUUACAAAAACGUCCCGGGAAAGAUUUGGUGUCACAGAACGUUAAAGUGCAUGAGUUAUUUGAAGUUUAAAAUGUGGGAGAUGGUGGUGUUGUUGAGAGCGAGCUCUCCCCUCUUGUCGUCUCGGACAAGAUGGCAGCAAUGCAGGCAGACUGUGCAUGCAAUGGGUGUAUAAGUCCAUAACAUGUUCAGAGAAGCCCUGGAUUCUACCUAUCGUUAAUCUACGUGAAGGUAUGGCCUCACAAGUCUUGGUCUACCCACCACACAUUUAUCAAACCCAGACAAGUGCCUUUUGCAGCGUCAAGAAACUGAAAGUGGAGCCCAGCAAAUGUGUGUACCAUGAGAGGGUUCACCCGCAUCUGAACAGCACAACCCUCGGCAUCGCGCACCCCAACAAGCUCCCUCCCCCGUUUGCUCCAGACUCGGCUGUGGGCGUGAGAGCUCGCGGAGGACAGGAACACCCGGUGAAGACUGUGGUGGUGCGAGGGGUCCGGAGAGAGCAUCCCAGCGCCGCAGGAAGUAGAGAAGGAGGAGCAGAAGCAGCAGGCCCUGUGCUACCAGGGGCAGUCCCCUCACAGGUCAAAGGGCAGGAGAAGAGGGAUCGAGGCAGCGGAGGCAGCAGUGGAGGAGCAGGGGCAGGAGGAGGGGGAAGGGGAGAGGGCAGGAGAGGGGGAGGAGGUGGGAAGGUGGAGGAAAGCGACGGGGGAACGGAAGUCGACGAGGAAGACUGCGGAGGUUUGAACUCGGCCGAGGGCUCUCAGCGAUGCGGGCUGAAACGUAAGAGCGAGGAGCUGGAUAACCGAGGGAGCGCCAUGCAGAUUCUGGAGGAACUGUCCAUGCUGCCUGCCAUGAUGCAAACCACGACUGUAGGGGGGAACGCGGGCACGGCCGGGGGAGGGGGGGCCCUCAAGCAGGGGGCCACGGGGGCGGGCGGGGCAGGAGGAGGGGACGGAGACUACCAGCUGGUCCAGCACGAGGUCCUGUGUUCUAUGAAGAACACCUAUGAGGUUCUGGAGUUCCUGGGCCGGGGAACCUUCGGCCAGGUGGUGAAGUGCUGGAAGAGGGGCACGGGAGAGGUGGUGGCGGUGAAGAUCCUGAAGAACCACCCGUCGUACGCACGGCAGGGUCAGAUCGAGGUGGGCAUCCUGGCGCGGCUCAGCGGGGAGAACGCGGACGAACACAACCUGGUGCGGGCCUUUGAGUGCUUCCAGCAUCGCAGCCACACCUGCCUGGUGUUUGAGAUGCUGGAGCAGAACCUGUACGACUUCCUGAAGCAGAACAAGUUCAGCCCACUGCCCCUGAAGGUGAUCCGGCCGGUGCUGCAGCAGGUUGCCAUGGCGCUGAGGAAGCUGAAGAUGAUGGGUCUGAUUCAUGCAGACCUUAAGCCCGAGAACAUUAUGCUGGUGGAUCCUGUGAGGCAGCCCUACAGGGUGAAGGUGAUAGACUUCGGCUCGGCCAGCCAUGUUUCCAAAGCUGUGUGCUCCACAUACCUCCAGUCUCGGUACUAUAGGGCUCUUGAGAUCAUAGCCUUGAAUAAAAAAUGCCCAUGUAGAUCAUUUCUCACCUCUGUUCCAGCAGACCAGUGGCAGGUUCAUUUCUCAUUCGUUGUCUUGAAUAAAUCGACAGUAAUGCAAACGCAAUGACAUUUUCUUUCAAAU